CCUCCUCCAUGUACCUUUCAGCUUCAGAUAGUAUAGUUUUGACCGUGCAUGUAUGCUCUUGAGAAGCUUCGACAGCUCAUGCCGACCUGAUGGCCUUGAGCUAUGGCACCAACCGUGUCGGGAGAGUGGUCUUACGGGCAUGAUUCACAACGCGAGUUCAAUCUCCCUUCCGUGUACCCAUAGUGCAAGUCCUGAGAAAAUGGCCGCAGCGCUCGACUCCGUAGCUGCGACACUUGAAAAGGAUCUAGAGGAUGAGCGCCGCGAACGGCGUGAACAGGUGGCCUUCCUGAAUCGCAUUUGCGCGAAAGAACGGGAGCUCCUGGUUGGCCGCGCAGAAUCCUUUCAGCGUCAACUGGCAGAGGCCAAAGAGUUGUGGGAUCGGGAGAGAGUGCUCCUCCAAGACCGGCUCCGUGCCUCCGAAGCUGCCUUGGCAGCGACCGGGCGCUCUUCAUUGGAGCGGACCGAAGAGACCGAGGCCGUGCUUCAACGACAGCUUUCAGUUUUGCGACAAAGUGAGCAGAGUCUGGAAGCACAGGUGCAAAAGGAACAGAAAUUCCGGGAGGAUGAGUCGAAACGUUGGUCAGGCACUGUCACUGAGCUAAAUGUGAAGAUGGCAGACCUGAGGACCGAACUGGAUGCUUCGAUCAAAGAUGCUGAGACAAAAAUUCAGGACCUCCAACAAGACCUGCGGUCAUGCCAAGUGCAGCGAGACAACGCUGCAGGUGCUUUCAAGGAGGUCUUGAGCAAGCAAGCGACCAGCGAGGCAGAGGUGGUGGCGUUUCUGCGCCAGGAGUAUAGUGAGCAGCGACAGGCGCUCUUGGGCGAAGCGAGUGCAGAGGUCCAAGCGUUGAGAAGUCAGGUCCAAAGCCUCCAGCAAGAGAAUGAGAGCCUCAAGCUAGAGGUCGCGAUGAAGAAUGAGGCGAGGGAAGAGAUGGAUGUGGUGGUGUCCAAGCUGAGGAGCGAGUAUGAGGAAGAGAGCGAAGAGUCCUUGAUGAAAGCUGUUCGACAGUUGCAGAUGGCGGACGACUUGGUUGUGGGGCUACGGCGACGCGCGGAACAAGAGGCUGAUGUGCAUGCCUCUUGUCUUCGUGAGUUGACCGAAGCAAGGCGAGAAGUGGCGGAGGAAGCAGCAUGCUGUCGCCGGCUUUCGGCAUCCAAUGAGAGUCGCUCAGAACAGGCACCUCCAAGCUUCAGGGGCGACCUGAGCAGAGGUUCGGAUCAGAUGAACGAGAUAUACAGAGAACGACAAGAGGCCAUGGCCAUCAUAGAGCGACUCCGAUCCCGUCAAGAUGGAAGUCCCUCUCGCCACGAGUCGGUCGAGAUGCUUUGGCCCAGGAGUGGUUCCAUCGGCAGUUCACCAGUGAGGUCUUCACCAGGACUUCGAGGAGUUCGUGAUUGGUCGUGGCUGUCCAAAUCCCUUGCCCUCGCAGCGUCUCCAAAGGACAUCUCAAGCAUCUCCGUGAACACAACUGGCUAGUGACAGAUGUUCAAAAAUCGAUUCAAUUUGAUGAAGGGCGGCCCUUGUAACAGCUUAGGGUCUCGUGUGCAAUUUAAAAAAAUUAGCUGCAAUGGCAUCAAUUGCAAUCUCAUCUUUAGCACUGCUGCGAAUAGCAGCUAUGCUUAUGGGGAAUAGGCUUAGGCCUGCUGGGACAUUGAGCCGAAAUCAUCGAACGCCCAGGUGCUUGCUUCUGGAUCGGAUGCCCGCGACGAUGUCCAUCUUGCCUUGUGACAUGUUUCGCUGCCGCACCUGUUGCCCAAGCUUGUGGCAGUAUUGAG